AUGUGCAUCAUGAUGAACAACCAGCUGGGGAUACAGACCUGCAGAGACCUUCUGUCUCCUAAGCCCCAUAAGAUCACGGUCGUCCUGGGCGCCCAUAACAUCAGCCGACAGGAAAAGAGUCAACAAGUCAUCCAGGUGAAAAAGGCCUACCCCCACGAGGAGUACGAUGACGUCUACAGUGAUAACGACAUCAUGCUGCUCGAGCUGCAGGACAAGGGCCAUCGUACCAAGUACGUCGGCCUGAUCUCCCUGCCCCCGGCCCAGCAGCGUGUGGAUCCAAAGAGCAGGUGCAGCGUGGCCGGCUGGGGUCAGACGAGUGCAACCAAGGAGCAGAUCUCGGAGACGCUGCAGGAGGCCGACGUGGUGGUGAUGCCGGAUGCCGACUGUCGGAGGAAGCGUGGGGGGCCAUGGCGCAGCUAUAACGCCACCACCAUGAUGUGUGUGGGGGACCCAGAGGAAGGCAGAUCCCCUUUCCAGGGUGACUCUGGGGGGCCUCUGGUGUGUGGCAAAGAAGCCCAGGGCAUCGUCUCCUGGGGAUCCAAGGAUGGCACCCCCCCUGCCGUGUACACGAGAGUCUCCCCUUUCAGGCCCUGGAUUCAGGAGACGAUGGACAAAGUGGAGCUCUGAGCCCCGCCAGACAUUGCUGGAUUGCACCACUUCAGUGUUUUGUCUUGGCCCGGACGUGGGGCGACUGAGGCUCCCCCACCCCAGCCAUGUCUCUGUGCUCAGGUAGCGGCGAACCCCUGAGCCUCCAGGCAGGGAGCCCGGCUCCGGCAAAGCCACAAGAAGGGAACUCGGAAAACGGCGCUCAACCGCUUGUGGGUCAACCCCCAGUGCUGACCCCCCACGUCUCACCUGCCCUGCCCUGAUGCAGGGCCCACACCCAGCCGUGAAUUAAA